GUGGAGGGAUGGAUGGGAGACACACAUCAAUUGUAGCAGGCGAUGCAUCCAUAUGAACGAAUCCAUUAUAUAGUGGUUGGCACGCGUCAGUUUGUCAACGGUCCGCUGAAGUGCUAUCUACGUUCCAUUAAUGCAGCCCCGACUCGUCUAGCGCAGCCUCUUGAACCUUCUCGGGGAUCUUCCACAUGAAGAUCGCACCCUCCUGCAAUGCAAUUAACACAAUCACACACAUCCGCACACAGCACACCGACAAGGAAUGGCGGUCUCUCUCUGUGUGUUGAUUUGUUACCUGUCCGCACGUGACAGCGAAGCUCUGGUCCGGGGCGAUGGCGCACGCAGUGAUGCCCCCACUGUGGCCGAGGCCUGCGUGCUUGCACACCUACACACACACACACACACACAGGGGGAGAGAGAGGGACAUGUACAGAGUAUUGUCCCAGCUGAAGGGCCACCCACUGUGCAGUCCACUGCUGACCCCCUCGUCAUAGUCCCAGAGCCUUGCGAGUUUGUCCUCUCCGCCGGUGAGGAAGUGGGAGCCGCUGCGGGUGAUGGCCAGGCACGUCAGCUCGCCCGUCUCACUCCCCUCCAACGCACGGAUCGGCUGACCGUCAAACGCAUCCCACCUACACACACACACACACACAUGCAUAGACAUACACGAUUGGUUGGUGUGUCUGUCUGUGUCGGUUUAGUGCAUGUGGGUAUCUAUCGACCAGACCACGUGAGCUUCCUGUCGGAUCCUGUGGUGAGGAUCUGUGACUCGUCAGGGUGGUACACCAAAGCCUUGAACAUCGUCGAAUCGAACAAACACGACACCCUGACAAACCAAGGGGAGAGAGAGAGGGAGAGAGGCCAUCCGAUUGAGUGUCGAUCGACGUCUGUGGCUCUUCCUUCCCUCGCAUCCCCCGGACGGACCUUGUGAAGGUGUUGAGGUCCCACACAAUGACCGAGCCGUCAGAUGACGCAGACACUGCCUGCUGAUCGUUCUCACGGAUCUGACGAAACAGACGGACGCGACCGCAUUGCCCUUUCGCCAGCCAGCUAUGGGUUAUGCGCAUAUGAUUUCACCUUGAGGCACCACACGCGUCCCCGGUGCUCCUUGAGCGAGGCCUCCAUCGUCUGGGUCUGACUGCACCCACCCAAAGCACACGCAAAACAAGCGCCAUGUUCAUGUUGUGUGUCAUGCAUCUGCUUCCAUACGUGCAGCAUCUCACCCACCGCAGGAUUUUCCACACACGCACUUCGCCAUUCAUGCCCCCGGACACCACCCGCCCGCAGUCCGACGUGCAGGCCAGGGCGGUGGCGCCGUUCUGGUGCGCAUCGUGGAUGGCGUACAUCAGCCGGCCGCUCUGCGGCAGGAAGCCGCGAAUCUUGCCGUCGGACCAACCUGACGAACGAACGAACGAACGAACAAACAAACAAGACACCAACAUUGAUAUCGAUGUGGUGUCUCGUCCUUUUUCAGUUCUGACCUGAUACGAUGGAUUUGCCGUCCCUCAUGAAUGCGACGCAGUGGCACUCGAGGUUGGGCACCUGGAUGCGCAGCAACUCCUGCCGUGUCUGCAGCACACACAAUUGUCGCAUCCAGAAGGCAAUGAGCCACGGUCGUCAUCCAGAAGGCACGGCUGACAUACCUUGGCGUUCCAGACACGGAUGUCGGUCAUGGAACAGGUCGCAAACACCUUCGUUCGACACACAGAAAACACACGGAGAGAGCGAGGGACAAUGAUGGUCAGUUUGCUUGUGUAUCGUUUGUUUGAUUUGUGUGCCUCCGAGUAUCCGAAUGGGAAUGUGAUGGCGUUGAUGCGCUCUGAGUGGCACGUCGUCCGCAGCUCGGCCAUCAGGGAAUCACAGUCAACCUGGUAUACAUGGAUGGAACACAAAUCAAGGAGGCAGACGAGAAGCAGGUGUCUUGCGUGUCUCGGCCCCCUCACCCACCCAGUAGAUGUUCGACUUGGACGUGCCGCAGAAGAAGUGAGAGCCGUCGGGCGUGAGGGAUAUAGACGUCACCUCGCCCAACACCUGAUUCUGGGUCCGCACACGCAGUGUCCCAGACGACAGCUGCAGUGGGUCGUGGCACCCGCAAGGGACAGGGAAUCGACACGCAGAGGGUAACGUAACACGUCCGCAAUGGAUGAACGCCGAUCCUGCUUAUGUCAAUGUCAGUCACUUUAUUCACUCACCUUGGCGAGUGUGCCAUCGCCUGUUCCGAUGAUGAUGUCUCCGUUGGGUAUCAUGACGCUGCACGUGAUGCCACGCUUGAAGAACUCCUUCGGCGGGCCAGACUUUUUGAACAACCCUGCACACGAACAGCAACAGGGCUCCCGUAUCAUGUGUCUCAUGUGUCGACGCUUACCUCUCUCCAGCCCGACUUCGAGCAGGUCGCCGCUCUGUGUGCCGCAGUAGAGCACCGUGUCCUCGGGAUGCACCAGCAGCGACAGAGUGGUGCGGCGCAGCUUCCCUAUGUUGCAGCCAGUGGGACGCAACUGACAAACACAAAACAUGAGAGCAUGACGUAUCUAUCAACCACCAGCGGACGGAAUUUCAUUGCUGUCACUCACCUUCUUGUUAGGGAGGUCGAAGUUCCACAGUCUGACAUGGUACUGGCCGCCCGACGCAAGGUGGAAAUCCGACUUGGAGAAGAACGUCACAGACUUGGCCACCUCAGUUGCUGCCGGCGUGCCGCAGAUCGGCGUCCCGCUCUCAACCUGCAUUCACCGCACCCAGUCGGCAACAACUCUGACUGAUGUCAAUUGUUGCUUUGGCAUCCGCACCUCCCAGAUGACGAUAGAGUUGUCGUCCUGCCCGCCCAGCGAGGCCAUGAACUGCUCCGAUGGCGAGAAUGCGAUGCACUGCACGGCCACCUUGUGCAGCCGCAGGCGAUGCGUCGCCUUGCGGCUCUCGAAAUCCCAUAUGAUCAUGUCCGCCUGAAGGAGUGACACCAGCAGGUGAAAGAGAGAGACGGGUGCAUCACAUCACACCAGUGGAGAGAACAGCAGCUUACGGGGAAGCCCAUGAAGGUCUUCUGUCCUGACGCCAGAUACUUGCCGGAGGCGGACAGGGUGAUGGCACUGAUCUGCACACACGUACAGACACAGCAACAGCAGAUUGGUAGCCCGUCCGUCUCCUCUCUCUUUUCAUUUCUUGCCUGGUUGUCAUGUCCCUGCAGGAAGGUCUGUGUCCUCUGCAGGAUGUUGCGAAUGACAACACAUGAGCCGAGGGGGAAGACCAGGUGCUCGCCAUCGGGGUGCAGCCGCAAACCAUUAGGCACCACACCUAACACACACACACACAUUUGGGGGAGCACAGACAUCAUCUUGCACAGUGCAAAUUGAAGUGCAGUCGCGUGAAGGCCUUGCUUGGGCUCAAAGGCACUCGUAUCGAGCCCCCAUCUCUUUCUUUGUCGCGAGAGCAUCGUGCGUGUUUCCUCACCUCGGAACCCGAUGACGGCCUGGAUAUCGAGAUCCUCCGUCGCCAUGGAUGGCGGGGGACGCCUGCAAGCAGGAACUUUCGGAGGGAAGGCCAAGGAGCGAGCUUGUUCAACGGAAAAGUCUGCCGUUGAUUCUGUGUGUUCGAACAU